CAGUAAUCACUUUCGUAAAGCCGAGGAAUUGUUGAACAACCAUUAACCAAUCCAAGAAAUCCUUUAUAUCAAUCAUGAUGCGUUACAUAACAUCUAUCUCCCGCACAACAUCUAGGUGCGCCUUGGCUUCGAAGCGAAGAUUUUCGACUACGACGACUCUUCGUCUUGGAAAAGACGAGACUGACAGGAAACACGCCACGGAUAAAUCAGACACCCUUGAUGUCCAAUCUGAGGCCGUAGCUAGAGGGAAAUCCAGCAGAGAGGCUGGCGGUCCCCAGAACAAUGCUACGAGCGAAAAAGACCUGAAUCGAAGCAAUAAAAGGGCCAAGGAGGAACAUCCAAAAGCUCCAGAGCCUGUGAUUGGUAUGAAUGAUGAGAGAGGCACCAAAGGCCAUUAGCCGAUCAAGAUCGCCGUGCUAGGGUCCAAGAACUUGCAAACAAAGAACAGAGACAUUGAGAAGAAAAUGGACAAACUCUCUCAAAUUUGUACAAAUACCGACAAGAUGCAGUUUAUGCUGUAUAGUAUGGUCUAUCUCAAAGAAACGCAUAAUCUUUAGGGGUCUGUUUAAGAGCUCAAACUUUUCCGACU